GACAUGAUGCAAGAAACUAAACACAUUCAAGCCUUUUCCAUUGUUCAGUUACUGAUGAAGGAGGUGAGAGAAUCUACACUUGCAACCUCUCCACUACCCAAUAGUUAACUCAGAGGCAUGUAAUAAAGCAUAGAAACCGCAUGCUAAAGUAUAGGUAAGCAUUGUAAAGCCCAAAGACAUAUGGUAAAGCAUAGUAAUAAAAGUAUGAUAAAUUAUGGGAAAUGGAUAGUAUAACCAUGGGAAAACGAAAAUUACCAUGCAGAUUUACAGUUGUAGACGUUUAUAAGGGUAGGGAUGGACCAAAAAUUGAUUAUUGGGGUAGUAUUAUUGAUAAUUUGUCUAGUCUUGGUUAUUUAUUGUAUUGACAUAUUAUUAGAGUAUUAGAAGUGCUAAUCUUGCUUCUGACUGUGAUGUAAAGCUAAAAGGAUCAGCACCACUGCUAGCGAGAUGUUUUGUUCCUCUCUCUUCCUGUAGACAUCCCAUUUGUGAAUAAAGAGAUGCUGGGGGUGGUAAGUGCCAUAUCGUUAAACAGAGCAUUGGAAAAUAUAGAUGUAUUUAUUUAUAAGUUAAACUGGGCAUUAGUAAAUGUCUUUAAUUCAGCGGUUGUUUGCUUUAUUUUAAAAAGAUGGCAAGCAAAACAGAUGGGGAAAAAAAGAGCCUGGGAGAGAGAACUAGGGAGUAAGUCUCAAUUAACGGGAGUUAAAACACAAGUUCAUAUAACCGCAGUUAUCGUCGUCAUUUUCAUUAUUGCCCAACACCAAGGUCUUACAGGGUUUCCCAGUCUAGCAAAAAUGAUUCGAAUUCCUCAUUUUUGUUUCUUUCUUGUGCUUAUCAUCUGCAGGUCCUGCAGGAAAGGAGAUCGCACUGUGAGAAUCAAAACACUGACCCCAUUGUGUGGACGAGCCAGCGAGUGAUGAAGUGGAUCAGAGACAUCGACCUCAAGGAGUAUGUGGACAGUCUGCAGAACAGUGGGGUCCAUGGAGCAGUUUUGGUGCUGGAGCCUGCCUUCCACACAGAGGCCAUGGCAAACACCCUGGGCAUCCCCAGCAGCAAGCACAUCGUCCGCAGACACCUCAUGGAGGAGAUGAGGGCCCUGAUAAGCUCUGCCAGAGUGGGUUUACAGCAGGGUUAUGAGAGGUCCAUCCCCCCCGCUGUCAUACUGCAGGGCUCACUGGGGCGCCUGUCCAGCUCCAUGCGCAGGCCGAGUGCAGACGAGCACAGCCUGAAGGGCAGGACAGGCAAGCCUCCUCUGUCCAAAGCGUUCAGUGGGAAGGAGCUCGAUGGACGUUACAACUCCCUCCCGAGAGAGGGCCAUGGAGGGGGCAGGCCGCACAAGCCUGAAGGGAGCCCCAAGCACAGUUUCACAGAGAUAGAAGUCACCAAUGUGUAAAAUACCACUUGAGGAGAAAAUUGAACCAUUGUGUGUCAGGAACCAGGAUGGAGAGGGGUUACAGUCUCUACAAAUGAGUUCCACAGGCUGAUGUUGUUUACAGGCCCACAAGGCUAUGUUAACUGGAUGUUCUGUCACCAUGGAAACCUGCAGAAUCCCAGGUUAGCGCUGUCUGAAUAUUUCAAGAAGUGGCUUAGAAAUGGAGAGCUUUUACUGCACUUUUAUGACAAAAUGAAAAAAAAAGUUCUUUCACACUGCUAAACUGUGGAAUUAGUAUUUAAAUUUAGGUAGCAACAAGGUGACAGCAGAGGUCAUUGAUAUGGGAAAUGUAUCUUAAAGCACUAGGACCUCUCUGAAGUUAAUCAAUAGGACAUUUACAGUAUCUCUGUUUAAAACAGUGCCAUUCAGUGCCACAUACAUCAAUGUGCUCCAUUAUUAUUCCGUCACCUUCCUGUAUUGAGAAUAAAGACACAAUGUUUAACUGCA